GGAUUAUUGGGAUUUAAAUCUAUCCAAAGUGCAUUAUGCGAAAGAUUUUUAGGCUGUUAUUUUUUCAAUAGAAAUAUAUAAAUAGUAAUCUGCACGCAAUACUUUGCUAAUAAUGACAAACAAUAUAAAUCCUACGAAGAUAGCACUGCAGAACUUUAUCACCACAAAACGGAAGUAGUUAUAUUGGCGCAUAGCGCAUGCUUGACAUUUCUAGCGGGGCGAUUAAAAUUUUGAAAACAAGUUCAUAAAAUUCAGGAAAGAUGCGCAAAUCAGUCGGACCCCUGAGAGUACGCAAUGAAGAUCCAAAUCAACAGACAAGGGGAGGAAAGAGAUCAUCAAGUGGUAGUAAUGUACGGUCAUCAAGUGGUAGCAGAUUAUCUGUCAAUAAUCGUCAAUCAACAGGCAGGGUAUCAACAGGUGGUAGACAAUCUGGUAUACCUACUAUGCAUGUACAUAGACCAUCAACAGGUAGACCUUCAGUUGGUAGACCAUCUUAUGGAGGUCAAGGAACUGGAGCUAGCCACAAAUUUGGCUCUAAUACCAAAAAUAUUGGAAUUCCUUCUUAUGGUCAACUAAAUAAAAGACAUUCAAGUAUUGGUGGUAGGGGAAGAACUACUGUACCUAAAGAAUGUCGACCUAUAUCUGAUAAAAGCUACCAGCAAAGAAGUAUUAGGAAAUUAUGUGAAUUUUUGGUUGAAAAUGGUUACCCAUGUAGUAUUUCACAUAAAGUUUUACAGAGUCCACCUAAUAAAGAAUAUUAUAAAAUGUUUGAGUUCAUCUAUAGUUUUUUGGUACCAGGAAUAAAAAUAACCAAACCAGAUGAAGAAAUUCCAAGGAUAUUUAAAUUAUUGGGUUAUCCGGUCACUAUAACCAAAAGUGCUAUGUAUACUGUUGGUUCUCUACACACAUGGCCUGGGCUACUAGCAGCUCUUAUAUGGUUACAAGAGUUGGUUAUAUCAAUUCAGGAACUUGAAAGUGGAGAUGACAAUUAUUUAUUUACACCUGAUGAUGACUUUGAUUCUGUUCCAGAAGACAAGAUGCUAUAUCUGUAUGUUGAAAAAACAUACAAAGCUUAUCUUAGUGGAGAAGAUGAAUUUGAUUCUUAUGACCAUGCCUUAUCUCAGGCAAUAAAGGCGAAGUAUUGUGGUGGUUCAUCUUCAGGAGAUCCACUGGCUGACAUAAAUAGACUUCAACAAGAAUUAGAACUGCUGGAACAAGAUUCAGACCUAUUACCUAAAUUAAAAGAACAGAAAGCUGUUAUAGAAAGUGAUGUACACAGGUUUACAGAUUAUUUGAAUAAAUUAGAGAGUCAUACUAAAACACAACUACAUCAGUUAAAGGAAGAAGAUGAAGAAGUUUCAUCAUUAAAUGUAAAGUUAGAAUCUCUGUCUCAAAAGUAUGAAAAUAUGCAAGUUAUCUGUGAAAAUCAAGCUUUAACUCAGGCUGAUAUACAAAGAAUUAAUCAGAUGAGAAAAGAUCUACAGAAUCAGAUAGACUGUCGAGAGAAAGAGAAAGAAUCGUUAGAUAAAGAAAUGUGGAAAAUAGAAACAGAUGUAGCUAAAUCGAGAGAGAAGAUUGAAGGAAUAAGCCGUGAAUACAACUCUCUAGCUCAUACACUGAAACUUAUACCAUCUACAGCAGAAAAUGCACAGGGUUUGGACUAUGAAAUGAAGACUUCUCACCAAAGUACAAUGAAAGAUGACAUGGAAAAUAUGAAGGUUUCUUUGACACAAUUUAAGAAAAAGUGUAGCGCUGCUGUUCGUCAAAAAGAAACAGAAAAACUAAAUCAACAAAGUACCUUAGAAAUGAUUCGUGAGACCAAGAACGAGGCCAUUGAAGAAAAUAAUGCAAUAGAAAAGAAGUUAAAACAGAAAGAAGAAGAACUUGAUGGUUUAAAAAAGAUGAACCACAGAGAAAUACAGAUGAUACAAGAAGAAAUAGAAAGCGAACAGAAUAUUAUAUUAGAAUUACAGAAACUCUCACUCCUUGGUAAUCAGGAGGCAUUAAAAGAUCUUCGUGAAACACAGAAAAAUUGUGAAGAAAGAUAUGUAGCACUAGAUAAAAUGGAGAGAUUUGCCAUCAAUAAUUUAAAUGAGCUGGUAGAAAACAUAGUACAGCAUAAAACAAAUCAACAGUUUCAACUGGAGAAUUACACAGAACUGAGUCGAGAAAUUCUUAAGAAAUUGGAAAAUGAUUAUAAAGAUAUCUGCUGACAUUAUGUAUACUUUUCCUGUAAACUAUAAUCUUCAUAAACAUUUCUUCUAUUACCCAUUCACCAUAUAU